CGCUGCGAUCGCAGUGGAAAUCCAGUGACAUCGUCGAGCGCAACAAAAUUUCAGUCUUGCGAAAAGUGUUGGAAAACAGCGUGAAAUCACGGUGAAGAGCGACUGAGAUAAAGCAAAAGGAAUCUUUGGUAGUUCGUCGACACGUCUUUGUUGAAAUUUUGCGCGUAUUCUCUAUGUACGCGAUCUGAUGGAGCAGCACGUGGACGACAAGAGUUCACUCUCGGCCAGCGCCAGUGAUCACGAGACCAUGGAAUCCUGGACGUUCGUGGACGAGUCCAAGAGCGCGGCGAAGCAGACGGAAGCGACAGGAAGUGCGGAUUGUCAGCCUGAGAAAGCCGAGGCGAAGACAGACAAAUAUCAUCUCGGCGUGGAUCCAGACAAUGACACUGAGCUCUCUGACGGGAUCUCCAUCAUCAGCGACAGCGAGUGCGGCGGGCGCCACUCGCCCGAGGAGCCCCACAGCGAGGCGGAGAAGGAGGAACCACCGCUGCUCUUGGUGCCCGAGAAGAGGCUCGUGGAGGUGGAGAAGGAGCCAGACUUGGUGAGGGGCGUCUUCGGCAUUGGACGACGCCACGUGGUGUUUGUGAUUCUGCUGGCGGGAAUCAGCGGGGCGAUGUUCGGACACAUCUUCAGGGCGAUGCCGAGUGCUCCGUGCGACUGCUCGAAGCUCCUGGAGCCGCUCAUGAACAGGGUUUAUGACUUAGAGAUGGAGAACUUUAGACUUCGCGACGAAGUGAGCAAAUUGACGGAGAAAAUUCUGUCGGAAGCGCUCAAGGCGAGCGUUGAGGAGCCAAUGAAGCCAGUUACGGAGGAGCCUGUGUCGCCGGUAGAGAAAGUAUGGGCAGGAAACACAGAUGAGGCGAUCGUGAAGCCUCUGGUUGAGGAGAGCGUGUGCGGAGGGGAUUCUGGGGAUGAUCUCUUUGAUGAAUACUACGGGAAAGUGUGCAGGGAAGCUGAGAAGCGCGUGAAGGAAGCUAGGAAGGCAUUUGAGGAGAAGCCAAGACAACCGGAACGAACAGAGCGUCCUGAACGCUUCCGAGAGGAGCGCAAGCCAGAGAAAAAGGAGCGAAAUAGCGAGGAGAGGAAGGGAAAACCUGGGAAAUAUCAAGAUAGGGACGACAGGAAGAAUUCUAAGGAAGAUAGGAAAAAUUCCAAGGAGAGAAGCGAUGAGAGGAGGAAGAGAGAUGAUGAUGAUGAUGAUGAUGACGACUGGAGUGGUGAGGAUUACCGGAAGAAGCGAGAGAAGUAUGAGAAGAAGAAGAAGGGAGAGCGAAAGGAUGACGAUCGGAGAAGCAGCAAGGAAAGGUGGAAUGGUGAGAAGAAAUGGGAUAAGAAGAACGGCAAGAAGUGGCGGGAUGAUGAUGAUGACGAUGACGACGACAGUCGAGAGGAGAGAAGAAGCAAGGAAGUGGAUGCGGAGUGGCAUAACAAGAGGAUGAAGGGAAGAGAGCAGUUCAGGGAGAAAGAAAGCGGCGAGAAGGACAGCAAUUGGUAUCUGGAAAGGGGUUCAGACAGGGAGAUUAAGCGCCUCCGGGUGGAGGAGUCCCACGAGAGGCGGCUGUCAAGAGUCUUCUCAAGAGUGUCGCAAUUGCCGAAAAGUGAAAUGCCAGGUGAUCAAGCGAAGACAUCCGCGGAGGUGUCGCCGAAUGUGGGGAAGAAGCUGGUCCAGACGCGGUUGCCCUUCAAGGUGCUGAGCCCUGGAGCUGGAAAUAAACCUGAGGGUGUGUCCAAGCGCAAGCUCUCCUCACCAGCCAUCGAUAAUCGUGCUCUUAAGGUGCCGAAGAAGACAGAUGACGAGGAGUCUGAGCACGAGGAGUUCUCCAAUCCGGACACGAUCAUUGUCAUUCACGAUGAAAAGUCACAGGAGAAAGCCAAUCGUAAGGAUGAUGUGCAGGACAAGAUUGAGGAAUCUGAUGAGCAAGAUGAGGAGGACAAGAAGAUUCUGAUCAAAUUCCCAUUCGCCAAGAAGGAUAACAAUGAGGUUAAGGCAGAGCCGAAGAAGCCCAAAGAGAAGAGGAAGAGGUCCAAGAAGACUAGCAAGAAGAAUGAAGUACCCGAAAAAGAUGUCCAGGAAGCUGUUAACAUUGAAGAUGAAGAUAUUGUUAUGAUCUGCGAUGAGAAGCUGAGCAUGUCUAUGGAUGGAGACAACAAUGCAGGCUCUGUUGUGGACACUCCGCCACGGAAGCGCGUCAAGGAGGAGGAAAAUGGCAGUAGCAGUGAAGAUGCGCCUAAGAAAUUGACUCCUCGGCAGGUGGAAAAGCAGCAGGAGAUGGAGAAGCGUCGCCAAGAGAGAUUGGCAGAUAAGCUUAACAGGAAGAAAAAGCAGGAGGAGGAAAAAGAGCUGAAGAAGAAGGAAAAGGAGGAGAAAGAAGAGCAACGGCGUAAGGAAAAAGAGGAAAAGGAUGAGCAGAAGCGCAAAGAGAAAGAAGAAAAAGAUGAGCAGAAGCGCAAAGAGAAAGAGGAAAAGGAGAAGAAGCGACAGGCGGAAUUGGACGCGAAGAAUGAGGAGAAACGCAUGAAGGAAGAAGAGAAGCGCCAAAAGGAUGAGGAGAAGCGCAAGAAAGAGGAGGAGAAGAAGGAAGCUGCCCGUCGCGUGUCUGAUAAUUUCAAGAAGUUCUUCAUGCUGAAAUCCAAGCCUCAAAUUUCGCCUUCUGCAAGUGACGCAGACAAAGAGAACUGUUCAGAUGACAUCAAGUCUUCGGGGCCGAAGUUUAUGCCCUUCUGCGUGAAGCCUGACAUGAGAUUGGCGCCUAGCUCACGACGAAAUCUCAAGGAUGAUGAGAAAUCCCGACUGGAUCACAUUCUGUCGAAGUCGCCUGAGGAGAAGGAGAAGCUGUACCUCAAGGAAAUCGGUGCUGAAGGCAAUUGCGCGAGGAAGAGUGGCAGAACUUGGAUUCAGGAGGAGGAUUCUGACGAUGAAGUGAUUCUGCUCAGUGAUGAGGGACAGAGGAUUGAGGAAAACAAGCCCAAGAUCAAGUAUCGAGUGAAAUUCCUCAGAUUUCAUGAGAAUCAACGUCCUCCGUAUUACGGAACGUGGAGGAAGAAAAGCGCCAAAUUGACUCCGCGGAAUCCCUUCUCGAAGGAUGAGAAUCUCUUUGACUACGAGGUGGACUCUGACGACGAGUGGGAGGAGGAAGAGCCCGGAGAAUCUCUUCACGGGAGCGACGAUGAGAAGGACAAGGAGUCUGAGGAUGACUAUGAAGUGGACAAUGACUUCUUUGUGCCUCAUGGCCACUUGAGUGACGAGGAGCUGCAGAACGAAGAUGAGGACAACUCUCCGGAGAUGCAGAAGGCGAAACUGAAGCUGCUUCAGCAGGAGUUUGCGGAUGAGAUGAAAAAGAAGACGGAGAAAUUGAAGCCUCGCCUGAUUGGAUGCGUCUGGCAGACGGCGUCAGGCGAACGACCAGACAGUUGUUCGGAAGUCAUCUGGCGUCUCCUCUCGGCCAGCAAGAUGCUCUUCUGCGGUCCUGUGGUUCUCAACGUCGAGCCCACGAGCUCCACGACGACGCCCAGCAAGGAGGAGGAAGGUGCUGAGAGUGCUGUGAAGAAGCGCAAGAAGUUGCACGAGGAGGACGUGAAGAGUCUCAUUCGGUUGGCGCACGGCAACAGCCACAGCGGCCGCUUUCUGGUCGAGGAGUUCGUGGCGACCAGAGCGAAGGAGAAGGAGGGCCAAGAGGACAAGGUCGAGGUGACGAAGAUCGGCGUGAAGCGGAAGCUGAGGGAAGUUGCAGAGUGGAAGGUGUGUCCCGAGGCUGGCGCCAUGGAGGGCAAAAUGUGCUGGUAUGUGGCGCCCAAGGUGAGGGAGCAGUUCGGCCUCGGUGACUUGACGCUGCCCAACACGUGGAAGUACACUCUGACGCCGAAGAAAGUGGAAGAAGCGCCAGUUCAGGCUCCGCCAGUUCCGCCGCAGAAGGAGGAACAGCCGGAGAAACAGAAGAAGCGAAUGGCUCCACUGAUGUCAGUGCCUCGUGGCCAAGCGUUCUCGCCCUCCACCAAGAACCAGCUCAUCAGCCAAUUCCUCAAGAAGACCAAGCCUGAAGACAAAACCCCAGUGGAGGUAAUAGAACUGGAUUAGAAAUGGCAAAUUCAUAUUCACAAAUCAUUAGAAUUAGAUGAUAAUUCCUCACUUUAUUCUGCAACUUUAUAAAUAAAUUA